AUGACUCGCCCCGACAUCUCCUUUGCUGUUGGUCUCCUCAACCGAUACAUGCAAUCUCGCCCCGACAUCUCCAAGUUGUUAUCAUUGGCAGAUGGCAAAGAGAGUUUUGAGCAAUCAGAUGUGACCAUUCUGCAUUGCGACAGCAGAGGUGCAAUCGCCAUGUCAAAGAAUCCUAUGUUUCAUGCUUGUACGAAACAUAUAGACAUGAAGCAUCACUUCAUUCGCGAACGUGUAGCAGCUGGAGAUCUUCACCUGGAAUAUGUUCCUUCACAGUAUCAAUUGGCAGACCUUCUAACCAAGCCACUUUCAGAGCUCACAUUCAUCAAGCUAAGGAAUCAACUUGGAGUGUCAAGUGCCCUCAGCUUGAAGGGGGAGUGUAGGAAUAAUGAUGAACAUGACAAGCAAGACAAUUCAUAUCAAAAGCAGUCCAAAUCGUGA